CUCAACAAACCCUCCAUUUCGGAAAAUGGCCAGCGCCAGGAAAUACGCCUCGCUGAUAGAUGUCGUAUGUGGGCAAUAUCCGCUGAUAACAUAACUUCCUCUAACGUUGUUGGCACAGGACAGCUCUGCACCCGACAUCUACGAGACCCCUGAACUCACAGACGACAACUCCACGGCUCCUGUUAGUUCCCGCAAGCUUCAUGAAUGUAGUAUGACCACUGAUACCUCUUUCUAGACGGGAAGAGCAUACUCUCAUUCCACUUCCUCGUCCCAUAAAGACUUUGAGGACGAGGAUGACACUCCUGGUAUCUCCCGUUCGCGGUUACACCCAGACGAAGCGCGUAACCACUUCGAGCCAGCACAGAUCGAUGCAAGAGAUGUAGAUUUUUCCGACAGGGUGACAGCAAAGCGGAAAUCAUACAAAGCUUCUUCGAGAAGACAAAAGAUCCGCGAAGAUGGCACUGAGGAAUACGGUGACAUCAGCGAUGACGAGGAUGGACAAAGUCUGGAGCGGAAGGUUGCAAGACUGAAGCGGGAAAUUGAAGAAGUAAAAGCGGAAGUUGGUAGAAGGCAGGCCGAGAAAGAAAAGACGGGCCAAGUCGACGAGAACCUCGAACCCAAUGUGGCAGAGCUUAGCAAGAUUUUGGAUGGAAUAUCACUGGGCAACGGAGAGACGCAACCAAGUGCCACCGCGAAGUUUACGAAAGAUCUGGGAACUGGAGUCAAGGCACAUGGACCCCCACAAACCACUCAAGGGACAGGCGAACCAACGACCUAUACCGUUACAUACGCUCCGACGUACCAACAAAGUCACGCUCUUGCCAAAGCGGCCGAUUUCGAUGCUCGAUUGGCGCUCUUGGAAAAAGCUUUGGAAUUAGAUCCGAUAGCUGCGAUUUCCAAUGGCGUCCCAAAAGCGAUUUUACCUACCCUUGAAACUUUGCAAAGACAGGUUACACUUAUAUCAGAAUCAACACCUUCAUCUCUGGAUAGUAUUAGCAGACGAGUUCGUACAUUAACUUCAGAAGCUGAAAGAUUGAAGGAAUCAAGAAAAGCAGCCAAAGCAGCUCAGGAUGCUUUGCGAGCAGCAGGAGGAGGUGAUUCAUCGGAAGACGAUGAAGAUUCGGAGCAAAUCGCAAAGAUUCAUGCUUUAUAUGGCACCCUUCCAACGAUCGAGAGUUUGGCCCCUCUUUUACCACCAUUAUUGGACCGAUUACGCUCAUUGAGAGCUAUUCACGCGGAUGCAGCCACUGCUGGCGAGAAUUUAGAUGAGGUUGAGAAGAAGCAAAUCGCGAUGGCUGAAGAAAUCAAGAAAUGGAGAGAGGGUCUUGAGAAAGUAGAGGAGGCUCUUAAUCAAAGUGGGGCUGUGAUGGGCGGCAACAUGAAAGUUGUGGAGGGGUGGGUCAAGGAUUUGGAACAGAAGAUGGAGAAGCUCUGA